AUGGACAUCGUCGCUUUAUUUCAAACUGCUCAGCAAGAGGCUGAUGAAAUGCAAGAAAGAAGACGGUUACGUAUAUUUAGGGACCGAUUUAACCCACUUGAGGAAUACUCAGAUGAGGAUUUUAUCGGUAGAUUUAGACUUAGUAAAGAUACUUUUGUGCAUCUAAUGGAAAUCAUCCGUUUGGAUAUAACCCACCCCACAAGGAGAAGCAGCGCGUUGACACCAGCAUUGCAGUUGAUCAUCACGGGAUUUUUUGACAUAGCGCAAAUGCCGGGAAUUUUUGGAGCUAUCGAUGGCACUCAUGUUCCGAUUAUCAACCCUGGUGGAGAUGAUGCUGCACGAUUUAUUAACAGGAAAGGUUGGUAUAGCCUAAACUGUCAGCUUGUCUGUGAUUCCAACCUGCUUUUCACUAACGUUGUUAGUCGAUGGUACGGGUCAGCCCACGAUUCCCGGAUUUUUGAAAAUUCCAUGCUACGUCAACAAUAUAGAGAUAGGACCAUUAGGGGGAUCCUGGUGGGCGAUCCAGCAUAUACAUGCACGUCAUUUCUUCUUACGCCAAUCAGGAAUGUCCAUACUGAAGCGGAAAGACGUUAUAACGUUACCCAACGUAGGACAAGGUCGGUGAUCGAAAGGGCAAUUGGAAUAUGGAAACGACGCUUUCCGUGUGUUGCAUUUGGCAAUCGACUUCGAUGUUCGCUACAGCACAACAUGGCUAUUGUGGUAGCUACAGUCUGCCUCCAUAACCUUGCCAGAGAGCGUAAUGAUCCGCUGCCUGGAGACGACGGUUCAGCUGAUGAAGAUGGACAACCUCAACAUGUAGCCAAUGAAGAGGUUGACGUGAGAGGAGAUGUAUUCAGGCAACGAUACAUAAGACAAAAUGUCACAUAA